UCUUGAAAAGGUUCCAAUAAUUUUUAAAAGAAAAACAUUUUAAUCAGAUGUUCAGACAAUGUUUUAGGCGUAUUUAAUUUCUAAUAAUGUUCCUAUAAAAGUAAUGUAACGUUCUAACAUUAAGAUGAUGUUCCACGAUAAGAAACGAGGAAUGUUCUCAAACCAUUAAUUAUAAAAUGUUUUCCAGAAGUUAUCGAGAACUCAGAGGAUUUUCGUAAAACGUUUCUCUUUUGUGAUGUAUUCAUUAAUAAAGGUGGAACGUUCUUUCAAUGUUCUGCGGCUGUUUUUGGGAUGUUAUAGAACCCUACUCUACAAGACGUUCUCACAAUGACACAAAGGAAGGAGGUUCCUCUGAUGUGAUCUAUUCACAAAGGUGGAACAUUUGGAAUGAAAUGUUCUAAAAAUGUUUUUAGGAUGUUACUAAAGGAAAACAAUACAGAUCAUUCUUCUAUAACAAAGGACAAAUGUUCUCAAAGCAACAUUUAAAGAAUGUUUUCUUCAUGUUAUCAACACCCAGAUGAUUUUUAUUUAAAUGUUUCUGUAACAAGAUCUAUAAAUUAACAAAGGUGGAACGUUCUUUCAGUGUUCUGUGGCUGUUUUGGGAUGUUCCAGAACCCUGUUCUAUAAGACCUUCUCACAAUGCUACAGAGGAAGGAGGCUCUCAGUUAACGGCAGAACAUCUCACCAUCAUAGAACAUUAUUAUAAAGCUUUCCAUGAUGGGAACGUUCUGUUUUCAAGACGUUCUAAAGACCUCAGAUGACAGAAUGUAUAUUAUCAAAGAUGGAACGUUCUACCUGCAAUGUUCUGAGCUCAUUUUAGAACCGUCUCCUACAAAACAUUCUCAUGAUGUUCCAUGAGAAGGAACGUUCUCAAACCAACAUUCAAAAAAUGUUCUGCAGAUGUUCUUGAGGUGAUGUUUUGCAGCGUUCCUGCAGCGUUAUUUAUCAAGGUGGAACAUUUAGCCUUUCUUCUGAGAGAACAUGUUACAGGACGUUCUUCCAUGUUCUCAACACAACAUUAAAAAAUACAUUUUCAAGAUGUUCCUCAGACCUCAGAUGACAGAAACAUAUUCUCAUUCUGCAAUAUAUUAGCAAGAGGUGGAACAUUCUGUUCACAGUGAGGACGUUGUUGAGAGAACACAUUAUAGAACCUGUAAAAUGUUCCACAGCAUUCAGUGAUGACAAUGGAAGGAUGUUCUCAAACCAGAACUUUAGAGAAUAACAGUCUAACAAUGUUCUCACCAAUAAUUUUUAGAAUGUCUUCAGUCAUCCUACCUGUAAGAAGAACAUUCUGGUAACUAAGAGACAGCUAGAAAACACUUGUAGAACCUUGCAGAAUCUUCCCAGAACAUCUCUACCUGGCUAACCGUCCCGUUUCCCUCCUGCAGUAGAACAUCUGGAGUCCAUGUCUCCGUCAUUGGCCAGAUCGGCUCCCAGCGAGCUCAACCAUUGGUGGAGCCAGCUGAGGUUCCGCCUCCAGAACAAGAAAGGAUGGAACGAGAUGCUGGACGAGACGUUUCUGCUCCACACCAAGAAUAUAAACGACAUUCCUCUGUUCUACGCUGCCAAGAACAACAGCGUCGGCUGCAUCAGGAAGCUGCUGAGCUGUGCUUCGACCAACAUCUUUGAGAGAGGUGCCCUCGGAGAAACGGCGCUCCAUGUGGCUGUGAUGAGCGACAACGUGGACGCUGCUGUGGCUCUGAUGGACGGAGCUCCUGAGCUCAUCAACGAACCCAUGACCUCCGAGCUGUUCCAAGGUGUGACUCCUUUACACAUCGCUGUGGCCAAUCAGAACAUAAACCUGGUCUACCACCUGAUUGGUCGAGGAGGUGACGUGGCCACGCCCAGAGUCACCGGGUUGUACUUCAGGAAGCGGAUUGGAGGUCUUCUGUACUGCGGUGAACACAUCCUGUCAUUUGCUGCCUGCGCUGGAAACGAGGACAUCAUCUCCAUGGUGAUCGAUGCUGGAGCCAGCACCAGGAUCCAGGACUACAGAGGCAACAGUCUGCUCCACAUCCUGGUCCUGCAGCCCAACAAGACCAUCGCCUGCCAGGCCAUAGACCUGAUCCUGAACCGGGAUGCGGAGCUGGACCAGCCGGUGCCGCUGGACAUGGUACCCAAUUACCGAGGCCUGACUCCCCUGAAGCUGGCGGCUAAGGAGGGGAACCUGGUGGCCUUCCAGCACCUGGUGAACAAGCGGCGGGUGGUCCAGUGGAGUCUGGGUCCUCUGAGCUCUCAGCUGUUCGACCUGACGGAGAUCGACUCGUGGGCCGACAGCUUGUCGGUGCUGGAGCUGAUCGUUGGAAGCCACCAGAGAGAGGCCAGAAGGAUCCUGGAAGUGACUCCAGUCAGGCAGCUGGUCAGUCUGAAGUGGAACCUCUACGGAAAACAUUACUUCAGGCUGCUGCUGCUGCUCUACCUGCUCUACAUCGGGACCUUCACCCUCUGUUGUGUGUUUCGACCCAUAAAAGACACUCCAGACAACUACACAACAUCUGACAUGGACAAAACCAUUCGGGUCCAGAAGAACCUCAGCGAGAGUUACGUGACGUAUGAGGACAGUCUGCGGUUGGCUGGAGAGGUCAUUAGUGUUCUGGGCGCUCUGCUCAUCCUGCUGCUGGAGAUCCCCGACAUCCUGAGGGUUGGAGCGAGGAGGUACUUUGGUCAGACGGCGCUGGGAGGUCCGUUCCACGUUAUUCUGAUCAGCUACGCCUGCCUGGUGGUUCUGCUGCUGGUCUUCAGGGUUUGUGGUGUUCAGGGUGAAGCUGAGGUCAUGGCGGUCUGUCUGGUCCUUGGCUGGUGUAACGUCAUGUUCUUCGCCCGAGGAUUUGAGAUGCUCGGACCGUAUGUCAUCAUGAUACAGAAGAUUAUUUUUGGAGAUCUGACAAAGUUCAUGUGGCUCAGUUUCAUCGUGCUCAUCGGUUUUUCCACCUCGCUGUGGAUGAUCUACAUGACCCAGGAACCGGACUCCAUCCCGUCCUACCGCUCCUUCCCCAUCACGCUGUUCUCCCAGUUCGAGCUGAGCGUGGGCCUCAUCGACCUGCCAGUGGACCACACCUUCACCACGCCGCCCAUCGUCCACGUGCUGCAUGUCGCCUUCUCCGUGGUUUCCUACAUCCUGCUGCUCAACCUGCUCAUCGCCAUGAUGAGCGACACCCACUGGAGGGUGGCUCAGGAGAGGGACGAGCUCUGGAGGACUCAGGUUGUGGCCACGACUCUGAUGCUGGAGAGGAGGCUUCCUCGCUGCCUCUGGCCUCGACUGGGCGUCUGUGGGCUGAACUACGGUCUGAAGGAACGCUGGUACCUGAGGGUGGAGGACAGGAACGACCCGAUGAUGCAGAAGAUGCGACGCUACAUCAAGGCGUUCUCCAGGGAGGAUGAGAAGGAUGGAGCUGAGAAGUCGAACACGACGAAGGAAGGAGCGAAGCUGCGACCCAAAGCCGGAGGACCUAACAACCGGAGGGCGAUGGCGGGCUGGGAGAUGAUCCGAAACAGUGCUCUGGGUCUGGAGGUGGAGCAGGAGGAGCCGGAGGAGGACCAGGACAUCAGAUACGUGUAGAGGAGGUUCUGAUGGACGUUCUGGAGGAGGAGGCUCUAAUGGAGACUCUGAUGGAGGCUCUGGAGGACAUCUGGUGGAGCUUCCAGAGGAGGUUCUGGAGGAGGCUCAGAGAAACGAGGACUGAUUGUGACGGUGCAAUUCUUCCUGCAGUAUUAUUCCGCUUUAGAACAGAGUGUGUUAUUUUUCUAGCGCUGUGAAUUCCUGUAGAAAUGAAGUGAAACGUAGAUUUUUAUCAUCUAGCGGAUGAAAACUUUUAUAUGAGAAUAAAACUUAUUGUUGAAACUUUA